CUGGCACGAGCGUCGACGCGCCGUGUCGAAUCUGCGCGCUCUGUCGCCCCGGUACCGGGGGUAGUUGCUGUCGUCUGCUUCCCCGGAUCAGGAGCGCGCAUGGCGGCUGGGCUUGUGAGGAUGGUCUGCGGCUCUUUUGGACCCGGUCCGGGCCCACGCGGUGUCGCUUUGAGUUCUAGUACCGCAGCCGUAGCCAAAGCAGUCAGUUUGUCUGGUUUGAAGCCUCUUCCAGAGAAAGUGAAGAUAGUUGAAGUGGGACCCAGAGAUGGACUACAGAACGAGAAGACCAUCGUCCCAGCUGACGUGAAGAUCCGUCUGAUUGACAUGCUUUCGGAGGCGGGACUUCCUGUCAUUGAAGCCACAAGUUUUGUCUCUCCUAAAUGGGUCCCACAGAUGGCUGACCAAGAGGAAGUGAUGCGUGGAAUCCACAGGAAGCCCGGGGUGAGCUACCCGGUGCUGACCCCAAACCUGAAGGGCUAUCGAGCAGCUGUGAAAGCCGGGGCGAUGGAGGUUGCGAUAUUUGGCGCAGCGUCUGAGCUCUUCAGUAAGAGGAACAUUAACUGCUCGGUGGAGGAGAGCCUGCAAAGGUUUGAGGAGGUGAUGUCUGCUGCCAGGGAGGAGAAGGUUCCCGUGCGAGGGUAUGUGUCCUGUGUGCUGGGCUGCCCUUACGAAGGCAGCGUGUCCCCGUCCCGGGUGGCAGAGGUGGCCCAGCGUCUCUACUCCAUGGGCUGCUACGAGGUCUCCCUGGGGGACACAGUGGGCAUGGGAACGCCAGGCGGCAUGGCUGCAAUGUUAGAGGCUGUAAUGAGGGAAGUCCCCGUGCAUGCUCUAGCCGUGCACUGCCAUGACACCUACGGGCAGGCACUGGCCAACAUCCUAGUGGCCCUGCAGAAUGGAGUAAGCGUGGUUGACGCCUCCGUGGCUGGGCUGGGGGGCUGUCCCUAUGCCCAGGGGGCUUCUGGGAAUGUUGCUACAGAAGACGUUGUGUACAUGUUACACGGACUGAGCAUUCACACGGGAGUGGAUCUACCUAAGCUGAUGGACGCUGGCUCAUACAUCUGCCGUUCUCUCAACAGAAGGACCAGUUCCAAAGUAGCCCAAGCCUCCUGCAAAUUGUGAUUUCUGUGUCUGUCUGUGUCUGUGUGUCUGUCUGUGUGUCUGUGUCUGUCUGUGUGUCUGUGUCUGUCUGUGUGUC